AAUUAAUUAGUGUUUCGCGGUGAAGCGGUUAGCACACGCAGAUUCUUCAUAUAUACCCUGAGGAAGACGCUUGCCGCUACAAACACUCAGCUCAUUUUCUCUCACUUUCUCUCCGCUUGCAAACAAGAAAAAGAGAAAAUCUUUAGUCGCGUUACAGAUCAAAGAUGACCAUCGCUCACACCAUCUUCGGCGUUUUCGGAAAUGCGACUGCUCUGUUUCUGUUCUUGGCUCCUUCGAUAACAUUCAAGAGAAUCAUCAAGAACAAAUCGACCGAACAAUUCUCAGGCAUCCCUUACCCUAUGACUCUCCUCAACUGUCUCCUCUCCGCCUGGUACGGACUUCCCUUUGUGUCAAAGGACAACACACUAGUGAGCACAAUCAAUGGAACAGGAGCAGUGAUCGAGACAAUCUAUGUGUUGAUCUUCCUUUUCUAUGCACCGAAGAAGGAGAAAGCUAAGAUCUUUGGGAUCUUCACUGCCGUCUUGGCCGUAUUCGCGACGGUGGCUCUCGUCUCUCUCUUCGCCCUCCAUGGAAACGGUAGAAAACUCUUCUGCGGUAUUGCAGCCACCGUUUUCUCCAUUAUCAUGUACGGUUCUCCACUCUCAAUCAUGAGGUUGGUGAUAAAGACGAAGAGUGUAGAGUUUAUGCCAUUCUUUUUAUCGCUCUUUGUGUUCCUCUGUGGAACUUCGUGGUUCGUCUAUGGUCUUAUCGGUCGUGACCCAUUUGUUGCAAUCCCAAAUGGGUUUGGAUGUGCGUUAGGGACUCUUCAGUUGAUUCUCUACUUCAUCUAUUGCGGAAACAAAGGCGAGAAACCUGCGGAUGCUGAAAAGGAUGAUAAGUCGUCGUUGGAGAUGAAAAGUGAGGAGAAGAAGCAAAAUGUGGUUAAUGGAAAGCAAGAGCAGCAGCGUGUUUGAAAAGCUUUUUCAGGAUUUGUUCUGUGAUUUCGUUUUAACUCUUCUUAAUUAGCGUUUUUGCUUUUCUUUUGCGUUGGGAUGUAAAAACAACUAUUAUGCUGCAAAAAUGUAAGAUUCCUAAUUUUCUACUACUACUGAUAACGAGUG